AUGGAAGCUAGUGGAAAUGAGGAGCAGUUUCCUCUGUAUCACAAAAAUGCUGAGAAACUCUACACUCUCAUUGCAUCUGAUAGUGGUUCUUUAGAUUCUGCUACGAAUGUUUCUACUAGCACCAAUAACUUGAAACCAGAGGAAGAGGAACUACAUAGCAAGAUUGGAUUUGAGAAUUGUGAUAAAAGUUUGGAGGAUCAGAGGCAAUUUGAGAACAGGACCAGACAAAAUUACCUUGCUGAGAUGAACAAGAAAGCAGAUGGAGUGACAAAUGAUUUGCCUCGAUUAUCCAAGGUCAACUAUGUGGAUGGAUCUGGCAUAUUUGGUGCUGGACUAAAAAACGAUGGCGAAAACAAUUGCUUUUUAAAUGUGAUCAUACAGUGCUUAUGGAAUAUACAACCAGUUCGGUAUGAGUUAAGCAGCAUAUCAGAUUCAGGACAUGAGCAUGUUGGAGAUCCCUGCAUUGUUUGUGGAUUAGCUGAGGUGUUUGGUAAACUAAGUGAGGCAUCUACCAGUUUCAGGAGAGAAAUUGGUUCUACAACCUCCUUAAGAACUGCCAUCGGCAAAUGGUCCCCUCAUAGGGAUCUCUUUCAGGAGGUUUGUAAGGAGAAUGUUGAAUACCUCUUCUACUCUUGCUCUCAGUUUAACCAAUAG